GCCAUGUCCUUUACGGCUCGUGAGCGCAACAACCCACCGCCCCGCAAGAAGAGCUGCGCGGCAUGCAUCAAAGCCAAGCGCCGAUGCGACUUUGCCGUCCCAGCGUGUUUGCGGUGCUCGCAGCGACGCAUCCAAUGCGAGUAUCCGUCACGUACGCUGCCGACCAAGGUUAGGGCGCCUAGUCAUGCUGCAAAUGGGCCAGUGCCGUUGCAGGAUGCGGCUGUUCUUGAUGGCGCCUCAGGCGAUGACUGCUCAGGGGGCGCCGAGACAAUUGCCGGCCAACUCAGACCUACUGCGGCCGGAGAGUUGCAAGAGCCCGGCCAGUACCGCUUCAAACCCAUUCCUUACAACUUUGAGGCCCUUGAUUACGUUGCUGGGAGACAGGGUCACGACGUGAUACAUCAGCCGUCCAUGCUCGCAGCGCCAACCACCAGGGGGUUCCAGGAUGGACUGAAUGAGAUUGUCGCAAAGAGAUUACAGUUCUCGUUGGAUCAAAUCCAUAAAGCCCCCAAGACUAUGGUGAUGGAGACGCAGACACCGUGGUCGCACCCGCUGCUUUAUGCCGACAGUAUGCCUCGGUCGAUGCAAGAACCAGAUGCCCAUGCUUCCUGUGCACUUUAUGUGGCAAAGAAUCGAGCAAAUGCACCCGUCAUUUUCCGUUGCAUCGAGUCCCGAGUGCAGGAUUUACUGUGCGAGCCCAUACCAACAACGCCAAUUGACAGCCUCGCUCGCACCCAGGCCCUGCUCCUCUACGAAAUUAUCCAUCUUUUUGACGGAGACAUAAGCGCCCGAGCAUUAGGCGAGCGCAUCAUUCCAUUCCUUGAGACCUCUACAAUUGGCCUCCUUGCGCACGUCACCUUCGACACCGAAGCAAACUAUUCAGACCCUUUCUCCGAGUGCUCUCUGGCCACGCUCUCAGAUCUGUGGAAAGACUGGACCUUCCAAGAGUCGGCGCGGCGAACGCUUCUUUUUGCCUUUUUCUUUAUGCAGGCGUACCGUGUGCUCACAGGCACUCAGAAUCUGAAACAAUGCGAUGGGCGCCUGGGCUUGUGCCACUUCUGGACAGUAUCGGAGCAUCUGUGGCAAGCGGAGACGGCGUUGGAAUUUAGGGACGCUUGGCAGCAGGAGAAUCAUUUCCUCGUCAUUGAUGGGCAAGUUGCCGUGGUGCUGAGUGAAGCGAAGGCUGGCGACGUCGACGUGUUCGGAAAGAUGUUAAUAUCCGCGGCGGUGGGGAUUCCAGAGCUGGAGGCUUGGUUUGCCAGCCGGGGCGGUUCGUUA